AUGGAUGCGCUGGAGGCGUGCGCGGGUGCGGUGCGCGUGUGCCUGGGCGCGGUGCGGCUGCGGCGCGGGCUGCUGGCGUGGGCGCUGUCGGGGGCGGCCCUGGGCGGCUCCCUGCUCAAGGCCCUCGGGCCGCUGCCCCGCUCCUACCUCAGCGACAGCGGGAACCUCCUCAACCGGUAUUUUGUGAAAGUGGCCUGGGGCUGGACGUUCUGGCUCCUGCUGCCAUUCAUCGCGCUGACCAACUACCAGCUGACGGGCAGCAGGUGGGCGGUCCUGCGGCGGCUGAGCUCUCUGCUGGUGGGCACGGCCAUCUGGUACGUCUGCACCAACGUCUUCUCCCAGGUGGAGCACCUCACCGGCGGCUGCUACCAGUCGGCCGUCCCGGACGAGGCAGCUCGCAAGGAGCCCGGGGCCAGCAAGGAGCAGUGCCAUGGGGGCGGCGGGUUCUGGCACGGCUUCGACAUCUCCGGCCACUCCUUCCUGCUGUCCUUCUGCACGCUGGUCAUCGUGGAGGAGAUGGCCGUGCUGCCCGAGGUGAAGACGGACCGGGGCCAGGGCCUGCACGUGGCCCUCAGCGUCCUGGUGGUGGCCCUGGGCUUCCUGGCCCUCGUGUGGGUGGGCAUGUUCCUCUGCACGGCCAUCUAUUUCCACGACUUGUCGCAGAAGGUGUUGGGCACCCUGUUCGGCCUGCUGGGCUGGUACGCCACCUACGGCUACUGGUACCGGAGACCUUUUUCUCCCGGACUUCCCCCGCGACAGCCCGGCUCCGGCCCGAAGCAGGACGGCUUCAAGGAGUAGGAGGCCGAGGAGGAAAGGACCGGGCCGUUCCGUUGCUUCGGCUCCGGUCGGGUCCCUUGCUCGUGCGGUGUUUCCGAGAGGAGAUCCAACUCUGGUGGUGGUCCUCGCCGGGGAACGGGGGUGGGGAGGGCCGGUCCCCGUCGCCCCCCAAAUCGCCCUCCUGCCCCCUUAGGCCGGAUCCCUAAUUUCCCCUCCCUUUGGACCGGACCGUGGAGGCGACGUGUCCGAGACGGACCUCCGAGGGCGAGUUUUGUCCCCUGACACCGUCUCUGGGCAUCUUGACGUUUGGUUUUAAAAGCCAGUCGUCUUUUCCACCUGAAUAUUUGUCUCUGCCUCACUGCCCCUAAGGUUUAUUUCAGGCAGACGGUCCUAGAGAAACAAACUGACAGCUACAUAUUCUUGUUGUAAAACGGGUUCUAAUCCAGCAGGAUGGGAAAUUAUCCCGUAAAAGGCUGCUAAACGGAGACUCAAAACACCUUUUAGAGCUGGAGUUCCUUGUGGACUGAAGCGUUAGCUAUUUUUUCAAGUGUUUCGGAUGAUGCAUCUCCCUCCGUUCAUUUGGAAAGGACACGGUCCUGAGCGGUCAGAGGACCCGGGUUCUAAUCCUGACCCAGCCACUUGCCUGCUGGGCGACCUUGGGCAAAGUCACUUAACUUCUCUGCCCCUGUUUUCUCAUCUGUAAAGUGGGGAUUCAAUACCUGAUCUCCCUCCUGGUUAGACCGUAAGCCCCGUGUGGGACAGGGACUGCAUCCGACCUGAUUAACUGGU